AUGGCGUCGUCGGCAGAGCCCAAGCCGGACCACCUGCAACGAACGGCUGCCGCGCCACGAGAUAAGUCGCUGAGUACCGUGGUGUUGCGGAAGGUCGAUGAGAUCAACGACCAGAUCCGCCUCUUCCGCCUCGAGAUCCCCAAGGAUGGACCUCCUGUUCGGUUCCUACCAGGCCAAUGGCUCGACGUCUUCGUGCCGGGCAUCAAGGCAGCGGGAGGCUUCACCAUCACCUCGUCGCCCGCCGACGCGCGCCCCACGGCAGCCACCACCGACGAGUCAGUGCGACCCGGCUACCUCGAGCUCGCCGUCCAGAAGUCGCCCGAGAACCCGCCCGCCGCCUGGCUGUGGCAGCCCGUCGCCUCCAUCCUCGACGCCGAGCUCCGCGUGCGCAUCGGCGGCAGCUUCGUCUGGCCCCCGCCGGGCAUCAACGUGCGUUUGCUGCGGCGCGUCGUCUUCAUCUCCGGCGGCGUCGGCAUCAACCCGCUCGUCAGCAUGCUCGGCAGUCUGGCCCGCGCCGGCGCUGCGCAGCAGAACCCGUUUGAAGUACAAUUUCUGUACUCGAUCAAGGACCCCGGCGCCGGCGCUGAGGUUCGGGACGCGAGCCGCAUGCUAUUUCUCGAGAGGCUGGCUACUGUGUUUGCGGAGCAAAAAGUCAGGGGCCGGUUGCGGCUGUUCCUGACAGGAGGGGAGGGGGCCGAGGGGGGAGGUGUGGUUUCGAGCGGUGGUGGUGCCGGUGAUGUGGCUUUCCAGGGCCGCCGGAUCACGGUUGAUGAUGUGGCCGAGGCUGUUGGUGCUGCGUCGGAGAGGCGGUUCGCUGUUGUCUAUGUGUGUGGUGUCCCAGCCAUGAACGACGAGUUUGUGAAGAAGCUCACUGAUCGUGACGGUGGACUGGGCAUGGAGCCGCAUAGGGUCCUGUGUGAGAAGUGGUGGUGA